UUUGAGGUAGGUUGAUGGGGUUGAUACGGCCGACAUCAAGGUUGAUGUCGAAAAUAUUUCAAACUUCGUUAAGGCAGAUGAGUAGUGUUCGCGAAUUUGAUUACCUCGUUAUCGGAGGUGGUUCGGGAGGAAUCGCUUCAGCACGUCGUGCACGAGAAUUUGGAGUUUCGGUAGGCCUCAUCGAAAAGGGAAGGCUCGGAGGAACAUGUGUCAAUGUUGGAUGUGUGCCCAAAAAAGUGAUGUUCAACUGCUCGAUGCAUGCAGAUUUCAUCCGCGAUCAUGCUGAUUAUGGUUUCGAUGUCACCGUCAAUAAAUUUGACUGGAGCGUCAUCAAAAAAUCCCGAGACGAGUACAUCCGCCGGUUGAAUGGUAUUUAUGAAAGUAAUCUGAACGGUUCAAAGGUGGAGGUUAUACGAGGGCAAGCUGCUUUUGAAGAGGACGGCACAGUUGCUGUGGACGGUCAGAAGUACAAGGGGAAGAACACGCUCAUUGCCGUUGGGGGUUUCCCGACCAUCCCCGAUCUUCCUGGCGCGGAAUAUGGUACUGACAGCGAUGGCUUUUUCGAACUGGACCACCUGCCGAAGAAGAGCGUUGUUGUUGGCGCCGGCUACAUAGCAGUUGAGCUUGCAGGAGUAUUGGGAAAUCUCGGAUCUGAUACACAUCUUCUAAUAAGAUACGAUAAUGUGCUGCGUACUUUUGAUGAUACGCUUAGCGUUGGUUUGACUGAGGCGAUGGACAAAGGACCUGUUACUAUUCAUAAAAAAACUUUAGUCGAUAGAGUAGAAAAACGCCAAGAUGGCCUUUUGACCAUCAAGACCAAUACUGGAAUCAUUGAUGAAGUAGAAACCUUAAUUUGGGCAGUUGGGCGAACUCCACACACUGCAGAUUUGCAUCUCGACAAAGUUGGCGUAAAAACCGACGAAAAAGGAAAUGUAAUUGUUGAUAAGUAUCAGAAUACGUCCAAUCCUAGUAUACAAUGUAUAGGUGAUGCUGCUGGAAAGUUUCUGCUUACACCAGUUGCCAUUGCUGCUGGUCGCCGUCUUUCUCAUCGUUUAUUCAACAAUGAAACGUCAAACUAUCUACCUUAUGAGAAUAUUGCCACCGUAGUAUUCAGCCAUCCAACCUUAGGAACUGUAGGGCUCACGGAAGCCGAAGCAAUCAAAAAGUAUGGAAAAGAUCAGAUAAUGUUGUAUAAGUCAAAAUUCAAUCCUAUGUAUCAUGCUGUUACGAAGCAUAAGGAGUCUUGCAUCAUGAAGUUAGUCUGCGCCGGACCUGAAGAGAAGGUUGUCGGCGUGCACGUUCUCGGGGCUGGAGCUGACGAAAUGAUGCAGGGAUUUGCAGUCGCAGUGAAUAUGGGUGCAACAAAAGCCCAGUUCGAUGACUGUGUAGCUAUCCAUCCUACUAGUGCAGAAGAACUUGUUACAAUGAGAGGAGGCAAACGACCAGAAUAGGCGCUGGCGCCAAAAAUUACCCAUCUCGGUUGUCAGGUUGUUAUGAGUUUUACAUAUUCUGUAUAAGCAUUUCCAACUCAGGAAUUGUUCAGGAGUGAGACAUAAAUUAUUG